UAACCCCAUAGAGCGCAGCAUGAGCGCUCCGCAGCAAAAAGGAUGUGUGAGCAGGCAGCGCGCUACUGUAGGGACGGAGUCCACAAACUGCUCAACAAAGAACAAGCCAAACUUCGAGCGCAGGAAAGCCGCGAGCAGCCGAACCCCGUAGCCAGUCAGGACAGCGAGUCCGCGACGGCAGCGCAGUCCGGAAACAGCGGAGCCCAGCCCGGUGGAAUCGACGGGCUCGUCCGCUGGAUCGUCACCAAAAUGAGCGACAACAAGAACAUCUCCAGCCAGGACUACGCCUCCAGAAAGGAGGACGUGGCCGUGGCGCAGGAGCAGUUCUUUGCCCCCGAGCCGCGGAGAGGCAUUUCCGUGAUUUUGGAUAUAUUCAGAAGAGCUGACAAAGAUGAUGAUGGGAAGCUUUCUCUGGAUGAGUUCCAGGCUUUCUUCUCCAAUGGCACUCUGAACGAGGAAGAACUGGAGAAGCUGUUUCACACCAUCGACUCUGAUAACACCAGUAAUGUUGACACAAAGGAACUCUGUGACUACUUUGCCAAGCACAUGGGGGACUAUGAGGGAGUCCUAGCUUCACUGGAAACCCUCAACCUUUCUAUCCUCAAAGCCAUGGACUUCACCAAAAAGGUUUACGAGAAAGGAAGCAACGUGGAGCAGUUUGUGACCCGUUUCCUUCUGAAGGAAUCAUCCAAUCAGAUCCAGUCUCUCCUGAGCUCCGUGGAGAGUGCCGUGGACGGCAUCGACGAGCAGCACACCCAAACACGUCUGCCUGCCAAAGUGAGUCCACGGAUGUCAGAGAGGCGCAACGAGAACGCCGUCCCCGACUAUCCCCCCAACAACAGAGUCAGCGCCGGAACCAUCAACACUGCCUCAGCUGCAGUAGAAGUGAGGAAAGAGGGUCUGGACACUCAGAUCAACCGGCUGGCUGAGCUGAUUGGACGCCUGGAGAACAAGACUGUCUGGCUUGAUCUGCACCAGAGGCUAACAGACACAGAUGGUACUACCAGCGCCUCCUUGCUCCUCAUUCGUCACGAGAUGGUGGUUUCCCAGAAGAAGCUCGGCGACUUCUGUGACGCUCUGAAGCAAUAUCUGAAGAAUGUCUCCGCUCAGAGAGACUGCUUUCAUGUGAAUGCGGUGCGCCUGCCGGACGGUGUAUCCUUUGUCGUCUAUGAGUUCUGGGAAGGAGAGGAGGAGUGGAAGAGGCACCUCCAGUCAGCCCCCAACAAAGCCUUUCAGCAUGUGAAGGUGGAUACACUGUGCCAGCCGGAGGCAAUGUCCUCAGUAGCCGUGCCAGCCGCCUGGUGCAGUGUGAACAGGGACUGAGCAUGAAGAUAUCCAACGCCAUGACUCCAGGACACGCGUUCCUCAUCUCCUAACAAGCCCUCUGACCCUAAACCCCCCCACCACCCUCCCGCGCAUUUCACCCCCAACCCCCACCCCUCUCCACGCAUUCACCCCUCAACUCUUUUUGUAAGUACAUGUUUACACAGUGCAAAUGAAUGGUGUCAACUGCAGUGAAAAUUGAACAAACAGUGCAUUCUACAGUGUGAGGUCCCUAAUUUCGCCGGCUCGAGAAAUUGGAUUGUGUAACGUUCAUGUUUCAAGUACCUUUGACACACUGUAAAGUGGAGUUUGUCAUGUAGCAAGGACCCUGGCGUUGAGUUGUUCAUGUAGCAGUAGCUGUUUUUGAGUAGAGCAUUUUGGAAAGUGGCUUCUUUUCUCCACCCCUGUUCUAGGUGACGGCAGGUAGCACAUCUAGUCAGCUGCUCAUUCCAAAUUUCCUCCCACGCACUGUUUUCCAAUGAUGACAUAUUUUGUAAGUUAUCCAACGCGUCUGACGUUAUUCUUACAUCAGCCCUUCUGCACUAAAUGAGGACCACACACCUCGUUUGCUCCCGACCUCAGGAAAACGGACCGCUUGAUUUAGCUUGAAGGCUAGCAGCUAGCUAGGCAGUUAGCUCAUCUUCUCUAAGUCUCUACGUACAAAAUUGGUAGUUUAUAAUUGCCUCUGCACAGUAGUAUCGCAAACCUACUUCGCCCAAUAACGUUCAUUCAUACAACACAGUAAUUCAUACAACAUCCAUGAACAUAAUGUCACUUUGACAGUUCUCCAAUGGCACCAUCGUUACACUCUUCCUGUAGUCUGAAUUUAAGACAACCCCCUAUUUUGUAAAACCCUGUUUUGGGGUUUUUCCUUUUAAACCGAGGGUCAAUCACCCUCAAUCACUUUUGACCCGCUUAUAAAGAGAACCAGGGUUACGGUCAUAACUUUAGAUUUGAAAUGCUUGCUGAACAAUUUGAGCUUGUUCACGACAACUAGGCUACGUUUAUGUACAAUGGCUGAUGUGGGAAUAAUGCUAAUUAUACGCGUGUGUAAAUACAGCACAUGUGUUUAAUGAGCAACAGAACACUGAACCCAAAUCUCUGUGAAUCCACGUAUCACCAUUCAAUCACUUAGUUAUGAAAAUAGGUCUUGACAAAUAUUUAGGUGUAUAGAUGAUUCUGAUGGACAUACAUAAAUAUAGACAUAGUUAGCUAUUUAUAUUUCUUCAUGUAGCUUCUAUUUUAUGAAACCGUAACGUUGACCCUCUGAGUAGGCUGGUAGAACAGGCAUGCAAAAUACAUUGCAGGUUUAUCUGUGAAAUGUGUCUACUAAUCUCUCGGUGUCUGUGUUGAAGGUGCCCUGUGGAGCUUUCUGACCACUAUUAGAGCUUUAGAGCGGUGUUGUUUGUAUGAUGUAGGCACCACAGCACACUCCGAUUUAACGGUUGUUUUUGUUUUUCUUCCUUUUUGGCUCUUGCUUGGCUCUGAUUUACAGGCUAAACAUAUUUUGGAUGUUUUCCACUCACAUUCAUUUCCGAUUACACAACACCACAUUCUCUCAUUUAAAGAUCAGGGUGAUAAUUACUGUUCCUUUAAUCCCUUUAAACCACGUCAGCAGUAGAUUUGGAUUAAAUCUCAGAUUCAUACAGUAAAUGGCAAUUUCAGUUUCUGAGGACGCAGCCUUUUAGAGAUUUAAGAGACUGCGUAUUUCUAACAAGUUUAAACCCGUCCUGAACCUUAAACUGCAGCUAAGCGAUCCACAAAGAUACACUCUGAAUGUGCAUAGAACUUUGGUUUGUUUACACAAAAGCUCCACAGUGCACCUUUACUCUUUCGCCUCUUAAAAAUAAUACGUAAACACCACUUGCACACCCGUGCCAAGUCCUUGUUUGUGUUCCAGAAGGAGCUGCUGUAUUAUGAAUAAAACCAUAAAGCCAUAUUGCAUGGAUUGAUGUGUACAUGUCAGUGACUUACUAUACUGAUAGCCAUAGUUUUAAAGUAUUCGAGUGCUCAGCUGAAUGCAGCCCACACUCUCCAAUCGGGGUGGGGGGUUCUUUCCUCCGCUUUGUGCCCGGCUCCGUCGGGUCGGGUCUAUGAGGUAGAUAGCGGGUGACCCGUCAGAAAUCCCAAUACUGUUCCCUAUUGAUACAUUCCUGAAUGUCCUUCAGACUGUGCAACUUGUUCUUUUUCUAUCCUGCCGCUGCCCCAGUGCAACCUGUGCUUCGUCAUACAAUGGGAGAGUUAUGCUGUUGAGACGUAGCGAAACAAGCCUUGUUUGAACGCUCCCUUGCGCCAUGAACAGAUGAAACGGCAGAGGAGGUGUGCGGCGGUCCUGGCUUCCUGUAACAAGGAGCAGCCCUCUGUAGCCGCAGGGAAGCCGGUGAACAGGAAGUUACCUCACAAUACCAAGCCAAUCAAGAAUCUGACGAGCCGAUCGAGGCCAUAACUCUUCCCUUCUACGGCUGUGUUCUGUUUCUAUCCUUCGACCGAGUGCAUGUCAACUGAAUGUUCAGUAACUUGUUUGCUGUAGUAUUAGGGCCAUGCUACUCUUCAAUGGGUUUUGUGCAUUUCUUACCUUAUUUCUUUUCUAGUAUUCCUAUGAAGGAGACAAGAGACUAAAAUCAACUCUAUAUAUAUAUAUAUAUAUAUAUCUGUAUAUAUAGAUAUAGAUAUGGCUAGAAGAAUGUCAUUUAAGAAUGAACGUUCACUUUUAUGGCAAUGUUUAAUGAAAUAUUAAUUCUUAAUGUAUGUUUCAGUAAAACAGCUUUCUUUUAAGUGUAGAGACUUAACGCAGGGAUGCAAGUAUUAUAUUUGGUCUUUAAAAGAAUAUCUUGUUGAAAUUCUAGAUGAUGUAGAGUGAUGCAAUUCAAUAAAACUAUCAAACUGAA